AUGCUUCACCUUGUAGAGGACGAGCUUGAUGGGAGGGAGAUGGUCGGGACUCCCUCUAACCCUCAGAAGUUUUUGGAUCAGGACUAUGAGGAGCUGCGCAGAGAUUUUGUUAAAUAUAAAGCGAGAUUUGUUGAUGAGACGUUUCCUCCCAAUGAGAGCUCCAUCGGUCCCAACCUGCUGGAUGAUGAUGACAUGGCGAGAGUGGAGUGGAUACGACCAACCAAAAUGGUUGAAGAUCCGUAUCUGAUUGUGGAAGGAGAGUCCAGGUUUGACCUCGCUCAGGGAGACCUUGGAGACUGCUGGUUUCUGUCUGCGAUCGGAGCGAUCACGUUUCAGAAGGACAUCAUGGAUGAGAUAAUUCCUGAGAACCAGUCGUUCAGCAAGGAUUACGCUGGAAUAUUUCAUUUUCGGUUCUGGAGGUUUGGAAAGUGGGUGGAUGUUGUGAUAGAUGAUAAAUUACCCACGAUCGAUGGAAAGCUGAUUUUUGUUCACUGCAAAACUAGAAACGAGUUCUGGCCUGCACUGCUGGAGAAAGCGUACGCCAAAGUGUGUGGAUCAUAUGCAGAUCUACGUGGUGGUUUAGUGUCGGAGGCUCUGCGUGAUUUUACCGCUGGAGUUUUUAUUACACUCACACUGGAGGCCGAUCGUCCCAAACACUGGGGUCUGAUGAGACGAGCAGCUCAGCACAGAUCUCUCAUGGGCUGUGGAUCACUACACGGGGCCACUUCUGCUAACACGGAGCUUCCCAACGGCAUCGUGGAGGGACACGCCUACACCAUUACUGACGUCCUCAGUGUGCUGAGUAAUGGUGAAUCGGUGAAGCUGGUGCGCCUCCUGAACCCCUGGGGACGAAAGGAGUGGAACGGAAACUGGAGUGACGGCUCCCCACUGUGGAAAACCGUGAGCGCCGAGGAUCGAACCAAACUGCUGCACAGUAAAGACGACGGAGAGUUCUGGAUGUCAAUGGAGGAUUUCUGCAGAAGCUUCUCUCACGUGGACAUCUGCUGUAGGACUCCAGCGUUCCUGGACGACUCCUCUGAGAACAGCUGGACCAGCGUGAUGUAUAAAGGGAGGUGGGAGAAGGAGACGGCCGGCGGCUCCAGAAAUUACAAACAGACCUUCUGGAUGAACCCUCAGUAUUGGAUGAAGGUUCCAGACCUGGAUGAGAAUCAGGCUGAAUCACAGAGGUUAAACCUCCUCGUGUCUCUGAUGCAGAAACCCAACAGCAGAAACAGACGUCUGGUUCAGAACCUUCCCAUCGGCUUCAGUGUGUUCGUGGUUCCACCGGAGCUGAAGGAUCAGAACACUCUUCCAGCUUCGUUCUUCACCACCAGUUCCCCCGUGGUGGAGUCUUCACUCACGUCAGGGACUCGGGAGGUGGUGGAGUUCUUUAGACUGAGACCGGGGCGGUACCUCAUCGUACCAUUCACCGCCAAACCCAACCUCACCGCCUCCUUCAUCCUCACUGUACACAUCAAGUAAGAGUCACGGCCGACCUUCAUCUAGC